AGCAGGGUGCCUAUAAUAACAGAGAAAGCGAGAGAGUAGCGAAGAGAGCCCCGCGCGCGCACAAGCAGCCAGCCAGUAGCUUCAGGAAACGGAGCCUGGAGUUGUGUGCUGCAGGCGCUGCUGGUGGCAUGCCGAGCAGGGCUGGCUGGAUAGAAGCAGAGUUUGUUGACCGCGUUGGAAAAAGCCAGACUGCCGGAGUUUCCUGCUGGCCUCUUCAAGCAGAGCGCAGAGGAGGCACAACCAGAGGCAAAGAAGGGAAACUCCUCUCUGCAGAACUCCUUCCCGGCUCCACUUACACCCGUGGCGCUGCCUGCCCCAAAGUCGGAGUGGACUCCCCGGAAGGCGGGCGCGAGGUGCGGACCAGGAGCAACGACUCUUAGGCGAGCGAACCUCACUGUCGGGACUUGCUUGGGCAGACCGGGGCCAAACGAGGCGCAGCCGUGACGGCGCGCGCGGGUAGAAGGCGAAGCGCCAGGAAGGGGAGUGACGCUCCGCUUUGGCGGCGGCGGCGGCUGGGGUCUCCCUCGGAGGGUCUCCCGCCUGCCCACGGACUCGUCCCGCCACAGGCGCCCCCCCACCCACCCUCGAAACCUCGCUGUGUUAUGGUUGCCGGAGCGCCUGGCUCCGUCCCGCCUACCCGGGGGCAUCUCUUCACCCGCCACAGCCCGGGCUCUCCUGCUCUCCGGGCUGCUGCAGAACUAGGCUGUGGGGGUCGCUGCCUCUUCGACGAGCGGCCCGCGGCUCGGCCGGCUCCCUCCUCGCGCUCCUCCCACCACCGGCGCCUUGGCUCGGGUUGCUGAGCAGGGAAGGUCCCGCGCGGGAUUCCCAGGCGCCUCGCCGACAGCCAACUGUUCGCGCCGGAGUACCCAGAGCGGCAAAGGCGCCACCUCCCUUUGCGCCGAAUGACUCCGCCGUGGGGCGCCGCUUCCUCUUAGGAGAUUGUCCAGGAUUCCGUGGGGCUUGACAGGCUAAACUCUUUCUCGAGGGCUACGCUUGCUGCCCGUCGCCGGCGAGGGGACGGACUCCGGGAAGCUAGCGCCGGACUUGAGCCCUUUCUGGGAGCUUGGAUAUUUCUCUGCGCCCCAGCAACUGCGAGACUUGGUUCCUAGCGCCCCUCACAAGUUGGCUUCUUGAGGGCUCGCCGGCUGUAUAUCCUGCACUGACUUGGCGCCCAUUUUCAGGCGAGGCGACCCCUGGACACGCGGCGCCAACCUCUCGCGCGCAGCUGAAGGCACGCGUGGCUGUCCUUCACCUCCCACGGACACGGGCUUUCCGCACAGCGGGGCUUGCGGCACACACGUGUCUACAUAACCACCCGCAGCUGCUGCAUUCGCGCCCACCCCCCUCCCCGCACAUUUACUGAGUGUGCCUCGUUUGUGCCUCGAUCCAGGCAGUGAGGAGAGGGGCGCCUGCCUGGUCUCCGACGCCCGCCUGCGGGCGCCCGCCUGCUGCCGCCCCCUCGCUGUGCCAUGUGGAGGGGGUGCUGUUCUCUGGGAGGGCGGCCUGGGGCGUCGCUGCUGCUGCUGCUUCUGGGGCUGGCGGCGAGCGCGCGGGCCAGCGGCGAGUAUUGCCACGGCUGGCAGGACGGGGCGACUUGGCGCGACGGCUUCCAGUGCCCGGAGCACUUCGACGACGGCGACGCCACCAUCUGCUGCGGCACGUGCGCCCUUCGCUACUGCUGCUCCCGCCCGGAGGCCCGCCUGGACCAGGGCGUCUGCGACAACGACCGGCAGCAAGGGGGAGCUGAGCACGGCCGGCCCGACAAGGACAUCCCCGACGGCGCAGCAGUGCCUAUCUAUGUGCCCUUCCUUAUCGUGGGCUCCGUUUUCGUCGCGUUCAUCAUCUUGGGGUCCCUCGUAGCAGCUUGCUGCUGCCGCUGCCUGCGCCCCAAGCAAGAGCCCCAGCAGAGCCGGCCUCCUGGAGGCAACCGGAUAAUGGAGACUAUUCCCAUGAUCCCAAGUGCCAGCACCUCCCGCGGAUCCUCGUCGCGUCAAUCCAGCACCGCUGCCAGCUCCAGCUCCAGUGCCAACUCGGGUGCCAGGCCUCCCCCCACCAGGUCGCAAACCAACUGCUGUUUACCAGAAGGGACCAUGAAUAAUGUAUACGUCAACAUGCCUACUAAUUUCUCAGUACUGAACUGCCAGCAGGCUACGCAGAUAGUGCCUCACCAAGGCCAGUAUUUGCACCCACAGUAUGUGGGUUACGCUGUGCCGCACGACUCUAUGCCCAUGGCCCCCGUGCCCCCUUUCCUCGAUGGCCUGCAAAGUGGAUACAGGCCAAUUCAGUCUCCUUAUCCCCACAGCAAUAGCGAACAGAAGAUGUACCCAGCAGUGACUGUGUAGCUCAAAGGAGGGAAGAAGCAGCAA